AUGUCUAUAUUUAAGACUCUCGGUAAUGCUUGCAUUUCACUUGUCGGUCCUCAAACCCGUUAUUCUCCCUCCCCAUCUGACCAUCCAAUAGAGGUCUUCAAAGAGUCCUUCGCCAAGUUCACUGUAGACGCCCGUCCAGUCGACCCUCAGGGCCGAGGAGCAGUGAAAGCGAUUGUCGUGAAUCCGCACAAACAAAGGACGGCCUGCAUAACUCAGAACUGCGGCGAUGGAACUUGGAAGUGCAGCUACUCCCCGAUUGACGAAGGUACGCUGUUUUCUUCAUUUCCAAAAUUCACCUCUACACCAUCUUUUCUGGCGCCCAUUUCCCCAGUCAGUCAUAUAACCUUCCAGACGAACUCCUCAAACAGCCUCUAUUUAGCCAUGGGUUAG